CGGUACCAGCGACUUCCGCUUCUGUGUCAAUCCCAGGCUACACUAAAUUCCUGCUCAUCUCUUUGGACCUGUCAAAACAUUCACCCUGCACAAACAUCCGAGCUUUGGAUGUUUUUGCCAGUCCUCGGAGGACAGCACAGUGACACGUUGCUAGGCUAGUGUCUGUACACCGGACUUAUGAAUGGAACAGCUGCGCUGGUCACUAAUGUGCUUCUCCCAACGAAGCCAAACAAAGCCACAAACUGAACACUGAAGCUACAUCAGCGUGCACGUGCUGUCUGUUGAUCAAACAGCCGAUUGGCUCUGACCGACAUCUCCCUGUGGUCAAACCAAAUUUGGGACAUUUCCUGCUUGGAUAUUGACUGAGCAUUGUGCUGUUUCGGUGGUGACACUCCAGAGGGUACCUUGAUCAACAGAGUUCCCUCCAGAGGAACUCUGAGGGGUGGCCACCUAAAGGAACAUGUGCUAGAAGUUGUACAUCUGUCCUGAACGAGUGGUCGGCUUUGACUCUGGAAGAUGAGCAAUGAGGAUGAAUUCUACGAUGCCGUCACAGGCCUGGAUUCGGAUGAGUCAUAUGAAGGGGUGUCGGAGGCCAGUUUCAAAGAUGCACUGGUGUUUGAAGGCGGCAAUCAGAAGAACAACGGAUCAGUGCCACAGGAGAACGGCAUCAAGAAACACAGGGAGUCAUUACCUGCACCUAUGUUCUCCAGAAACUCUGUCAGUAUCUGGAGUAUCCUGAAGAAAUGUAUCGGACUGGAACUGUCAAAGAUCACGAUGCCCAUCGUCCUCAACGAGCCUCUGAGCUUCCUGCAGAGGAUCUCUGAAUACAUGGAACACACUUACCUCAUCAACAAAGCCUGCUCGCUCUCCGACUCCAUAGAACGCAUGCAGGCAGUAGCUGCUUUUGCUGUGUCAGCAGUUGCGUCUCAGUGGGACAGAACUGGAAAACCCUUCAACCCUCUGCUGGGAGAGACCUAUGAACUCGUCAGAGAGGAGCAGGGCUUCCGGCUUGUAUCAGAGCAGGUAUCCCAUCAUCCCCCAGUCAGUGCCUUUCAUGCAGAGAGUCUAACUGGGGACUUCGUCUUCCAUGGCUCCAUCUACCCCAAACUCAAGUUCUGGGGCAGGGCCGUCGAGGCUGAGCCUAAAGGGACCAUCACACUAGAGCUACUCAAACACGGCGAGGCGUACACAUGGAGUAACCCUUUCUGCUGUGUACACAACAUCAUUCUGGGCAAACUGUGGAUAGAGCAGUAUGGCACAGUGGAAAUAGUCAACCACAGCACUGGAGACAAGUGUGUGUUGAAUUUCAAGCCCUGUGGGAUGUUUGGCAAAGAGCUGCACAAAGUGGAGGGAUACAUCCAGGAUAAGAGUAAAAAGAAGCACGCUGUUAUUUAUGGGAAGUGGACUGAGUGCAUGUGGAGUGUGGACCCUCAGGCCUACGAGGCCCACAAAAAGUCAGAGAAGAAAGGAGACAACAAGAAGCACAAAAAUGAGGAGUCGGAAGGAGCAGAGAAUGAUGAUGCAGACGACAUGCCCGAUGUCCAGGAGACAGUUUCUGUUGUACCAGGAAGCACUCUGCUGUGGAGGAUAGACUCCAGACCGGCACAUUCUGCUCAGAUGUACAACUUCACCAACUUUGCAAUGUCCCUCAAUGAGCUAGAGCCUGGCAUGGAGGCCAUCUUGGCUCCCACAGACUGUCGCUUCAGACCUGACAUCAGAGCCAUGGAGAAUGGCAACAUGGAUGAAGCCAGUCAGGAGAAGGAGAGGCUGGAGGAGAAACAGAGAUCUGCCAGAAAGGAGAGAGCCAGGAAUGAUGAGGAGUGGUCUACCAGGUGGUUCCAGAUGGGCACCAACCCUCACACCGGCUCCCAGGGGUGGCUCUACACCGGUGGCUACUUCAAUAGGAACUACCAAGACCUGCCCAACAUCUACUGAUAGCACUCUAGCCUUCAUCGUCCUCUUCCUCCUCCAUAACCCGCGAUGAUCUGCCUGUCAUAAAAUGGAGAGAAAUGUUAAGAAUCCACAUACCCAUCAUCAUCAUCAUCAUCAUCAUCAUCAUCAUCAUCAUCAUCAUCAUCUUCAUCAUCUUUAAACUGACUGACACACCCAUCGCAGAUUGGAAAUAUUUACACACAAGCCAAGUGUACGUCACAAAGUCUGCAGGUCUUUUCCACAUCUGUCUUCACUUCAGUCUUAUUUUCAUCAUGUGUGAUUUCGUCAUGACCAGCAAAGCGUUUCCCAUCUCUCUGCCCCGGCAUCGUGUAGAGCACAAGACCCAUUUUAUUCCCGACCAAUCGCAGCGGCAGAGAGUUGGUACGCGUGAAACGACGGUCAUCAGACUCACAGAUCCAAUCUGAAUGUUUAACGUCUUUACAAUCAAACUCUCUCCUCUGAGGAUCCACCUGCCGAGCCUCUGGAUGGCAGCACUAAACGGUCACAUGUGUCAUUAAUGAGUAAUUAUGAGUAGAAACUAUAUGAAGUAAGACAUAAUCACCUGUGAUGGAUUUAUGGACAUGAGCGGACACCCAGUCAACGGGGAAAUCAGGGAUGUGAAUGCUCCUUUGACUGAAGAUGCAACCUCGAGGAAGCUUUUAUUGCUUUUGUGGCAAACUUUUCAAGUACUCAAAAAAUAUAUAGUAUAUUGUACCCUUUAAGGAACAAAAUUCUAAAGAGGUGGUGUUGGUGCAAUUGGUCAAGAUGCAUCGAAUGCAAGCAAGAACUUGUUACUGUCCAUGUGUCAUGUCCCUGAAAUAUUCAGUAUCGCCUGUUACCCUCUCAUUAACCUUCAACUUAAGGUUUUAUGCAUUCACAUAAAUCAAGAGAAGUACGAGAAAGCGAAUGUUUCCUCGACAGCAGAGUGGAAUGUGCAGCUUCAGCGGGACCAGACCUCGGAUCAGAAAACACACCACUGAUGAUCUGACGUUCUCUUCACGUGGAACCAGAUGAAUGAGUGCAGCACAGGUUCGGUGGUUUGCAUCCUCUAAAUGCAACUCUUUUGUCACAACACUUGGCCUGUAGCCUUCCUUUGUCUGUGAGAAUAACUACUUACAGUAGAAAUGUACAGUGCCCCCCCCCAAUGUAAAUUCACUCUGUGCCGAUUUCUAAAAGAACAUGUAGAGCAGCACUGAACUUGAAUUUUUAUAUGCAGCUUGAACGGCAGCUGCUUGCUCCUGAGUCAUCACUGAGGUUUACUGAUAUUCAAAACGGACUUCACACAAGUGCAGAAAAUUAGAUUUUUCAUCCUCCGGUUUGUACAUUUUCAGGGAAAGUUUUUUCUCUUUUUUUUUCUGGCAUUACAGGUGCAUCACAAGUCAGGGUUUAACAGCUCACGUAGACUUGAUCUGUUUAAAGUAGUACUGGCCCUGAAGCAGCCUGCUGACCAAAAAAGAAAUCUGAAAAAUCUUUAACAGCCGAGAGAACACGGUUAAAUCUGAAGGUGCCUCCUUCGAUAAAUCUGAAUCUGAAAGGAGUGAAAUUUACUCCCACUGUAAAAAUCUCAAUCUCUACAGAUCGAUUAAGUGGAUAUUUAAUUCCCAGAUUAUACACAACCACCAUCCAUGUGACACUGAGGGACGAUAAUGUAAUAUAAAAACAAAACACUGAUUUAACGUAAGCGACAGUAACAUACAUACACAAACAUCAUAUGAAUGAGUGAAUCAAUAUGUACAGACACUUAAAGCCAUAUUAACCACGAGAGAGAGUGGAUUUGCUGUGUGAGUGAUGGGAAUUUGACAAUGUCAACCCUCAAGAUCGACAUUAUUAUCAUAAGGAGACAUUAUUCAUAUUAGUGUAAUAUAACGUAUCAUGCACUGUUAGCCAUUCUGCUGUCCGGCUGGAUUGGAUGUUGGAGAACGGUGUCUCACAAUCCAUCCAUGUUUUGUUUCGUUUUUUUUCCCCUUCUGAUACUGAUUGUAGAGAAAAAGGAGACUGUGAACACCAGACUUUUGAUUCGCUAACAAAUUUAAACAACAAGAAAGUGAAAACAGCUCAAAUGAAUGUUAGGACGGACAAACACAGCUGGACAGACUAGAUGUCAAGUAUUUUAGAGCUUCAUGUACACAAACUCUUAACUCCAUGAGACAUCCUGUGCACAGCGUGUCUCUCUGCUGCACGUUCUGAGUCGUCAAGCUACUGGCUCGACCUCAGACACGAGAUACAACACCACGACUCCACGUUUGACCCAGUGAGUACAUUUGAACGUUAGCUGCUCUGAAGCUUUCACUUUAGUUUAACAGAUGUAUGAUAUUUAGAUGGAUGUCUUUCACUCUGUUGCCUUUUAAUUCCAGCAGAGCGGGACUUGAAUUUAUUCAUUCAGACCUCAUUCAUUCAGGCUUGGUACAUUCAGAUUAGAGCUGCACGCGCUUUAUCAUUAGAUAACAUUAUAGAUGCAAGAUUAGAUUUAAAAAAAAAAAAAAAACCUCUUUAUCUUGUGUUUUUUUUUUUUUUUUGGCUGUCAAAGUCAAAGGUUUUGUUUUAAUGUGUCUUGUUCGUUUAAAAGAUUUCACUUAGAUAAACGUAUAAUGAGGUGACAGCUCUCGACUCUCCAGGUUGUCAUCACGCCACUAUACACUCCCUGCAGGCCUGUGUGCGCCGGUGAGAAUGAGUGUGUUUCUAACAGCAGACGGCUCGCUGGCAGUUUAAACAGGAGCUGUUUAUACGUCUCGCUUUUCAUCGGUGCAUUCAGGAGCUACUUCACAACACCAACUCUAUGCAAUAUUUGCACCUCAACAUGAACAGUACAUGUCUGGUCCGUCGGUGUACAGUAGCUUUACGUCCCCCUCACCCCCAACAACACACACACACACACACACACACACACACACCCCUCCUGCUUCUUAGCUUGAAUACUCUGAUGUAUCUCCAACUCAUGACUUCAGCUCCAUAGUUUAUCUGAAUGAAUUCCAGUGAAUUGGAAAAGAUUUUUUUUUUUUUCAAACUACUUGGCACUACAGCCAGCCUCGUAUCGCAUCUUGGACCAACUUAAUACUCCACGUGUCUGUUUUUAAAGUAUAUUUCCACGUCAAGUUUAAUUCUUGGUUUUGUCUGUUUGCCUUUGCCCUCAUUCCCUUAUAUUUUUUAUUUGUGUAUUAUUUAUGUUUGAGGUUAUAUGAAAAUGUUUUGUUGUCAUUUUUUUUUUCUUUUCCUGUUUUGUAACUAAUCCAAACGGCUCUUUAUUUCUCUUUUUUUCACUUAAACACAAAUCUGAGCUCUGAGCUCCGGAGGAGCGGAGCGUCUCACCACAGCUUCACGUGAACAUCUUUUCACCAACCUAACUUGUAUAUUUUGCUGUGGCCGUUGCAUCUGUCAGAUUGACUAACUACCACAGUGUGUAGAGGACGGACUGCGCGUUGAAUUUCAAACUGUUUGGACUGUAAUUUCCAAUGUCCAAAAAUUCAUCAGUGGUUUAAAGUCGAUAAAAAAAAUCAUUCGCACAAACACUACUUGAGUUGAACCUACAGCAGGGUGCGAGCUCAAUACAGCUGCAGUAGUUACUUCCAAACAGGAACACCAGUCACUGUUGAAAAAGUAGUUUUUGACUCUAAAGUGAUUUUUUUUUUAGCCGCAAUCCAAGCGGCUGGAUGAACGGUCACACUCGUCGGCGCUGAUUCAGAGCUCUGUGGUUAAACUAGAUCCAAGUUGUUCUGUUGCUUUGAGUGUUCUAUAAAAAAACAAAAAAAACAAACAACGUGUCUUUACGCUUCUUCUCUUGGACUGUAUCAUGGGGUUGUCAAUGUUAUACAGUAUGUGUGUACAAGUGCUGCACAGAGGUAAUCAAAAGCAAAAUGGCAUAUUAUUUUGUGCAAUUGAUUUAUUUUUAUAGUAUUUAAACAGUUUUUGGUGAGAACAUUGUACGAGAUGUUUUAUUUUGAGGUGGGGGACUGUACGGGGUCGCAUCCAAUCCGUGGACAGCUUGGUAGAUUAAUGAACGGGGGAAAUGUCUACUAAUAAAAUCCUAAUUUCAG